AUGAAUUCAAUACUCAUAUUUCUUAUAUCUUGCUGUAUUCUUGUCACAUACUCACUUAGUAUUAAAAAUGAGAAUAAGGCUACCACGGAAGGUGAAAAUCCAAAAUUAAAAUCUGCUGAUAGUGUGAAUGGAAGUCAAGAUAAGAAUAUCGAUGACACGGAAUUGAUUUCGACUGCAGAGAGUAAUAAUUAUGUGUAUCGGCCUCUCUACGUAUAUAGAAGGAUAGAGCAUAGUAAAAGAAGAAUCACUAUGUAUAACUCAUUCGCCGGAUAGUUUGAGGAAGUAGAAAGACGUAGUAGUAGUAGACGUGUUUUUGUAGAAACUAUGUCCGUCAAAUGUUUAUCCGGUGUUUUCAUUUCAAUAUUCAUUGCAAAAACUAUAGCAGGUAUAUCUCCAGUACAUGACUUUGCAAAUAAAUUAAAUUCAAAAAUCGUCACUGAAAAAUUUCUAUUAAAUUCACCACACAAGGGUUUAAAGCAUCUAGAUAGUUCUAUUUUAAAAGCAACUAAGAAUGUUACUCAAAGUCCCGAAAUGGAAACAAAUCUUUAUCAAAUAUCGAAGGAUUUAGUUUCUGCCAUUUUAACAAAAUUAGAAAUACAAGAUAAAAUUACCAGGAUUACACGAGAGGCACUAGAUGCCCCAGGAAAAACAAAAGGAAUGACAGCAAUAGAAACAAGAAGAAUUUUGGAUUAUAUUUCAAGGACAUUAUCGGGUCAUAUUCUUACAAUAACUCGAGCAUCUACUGAGCCUGAGUUGCAUAGAUUGGUGUUUGGCUUAGCCCAAAUAGCUGCUGAGGUUUCAAUAGUAUCUGCGCUUAAAGAUAUUACAUAUGCUACUGCUUUAUCGAAGAAACAAUCAGUUGAUUUAUCACUUCGUAAAAAAAGAUCUGCACCUAUGAAAGAUACCAAAAUAUCCACUUCUGCGCCGGUUACUGACGUAAUGCCAUUAGUUUAUAGAGCUAUUUUAAACAAAUCAAUAAAUUCUGCAGACCCCACUAUAUCUCCUAUAAGUAGAGGUGUGGAAAAAUUGAGUCCCUAUUCCGUUAUUAUUAGAAACGAUAGAAUACCUGUGCAAAUGCUACCUAGUAAGAAAAACGAUCUUAUAGUUGUUCCAAGAGGGUUCCUGAACCAAACAGCUCUCGAUAUGGAAAAUAAAGAAAGGAAUGUUACAGAAGGUGAUGCUAUAGUUUUAGACAACACAUUAAAUGGAACUCACUAUGGAACAACAGAUACAUUAGACAAUCAAGAUAAUAAUGUGCCAAGUCUUGUAGACGAUUGGAUUGACCCAAAAGACAAUAUUUAUGCUCUUAAUCCAGACGUAGUGGCAGAAAUGGAAAUAGAUCAACCUGAAAUAGAAGACGAAAGUGUCAACGAAAAAAAGAUAAAACAAAAGCUAGAACGUAUGGAGUUAAAAGCUAAGAAAGCAAUCCUUUAUGCGGGAGAUGUAGCUUAUUUAGCUGCAGCUAGCGUAGUUGCUAUGAGGCGGGCCUUAACCGCGUCGAUAGAAGUUCACAUGUCGGUAAAAUAUGCAAAAAAUGGAAUGGCAAAUCAUCAAGAUUUAAUGAUGAAUUUAGCAAAGACAGCAGCACAACAAGCUGGGAAAGAAGCAAAAAGUGCUACAUCCAAAUCACUAGCAUGUGAGCGUGUCAUCAAACUAGCACUGAAGUAUACCGCGCAGUCCAAAGGAGCUAAGUUGAAUCAUGUCGCAAAUAGAGUUGUCAUGGACACGUUGUCUUUAGCUACUUUAGCUAAAUCAAUGGCAUUUGUAUCAUCAGAUAUUGCUAUAAACUCUCUGUAUCAUGCUACUGAUGUAAAACCACCUUCGUGAUCAUUCUUAUAACAUAAUAUAGAUAUUUAUCUAAGACUUUA